CGGGACAGCUUGUGCGCUCUUGAUAUUGUCCGACGCAACUUGCACAUAUCUGCGUUUCUCGAGUACGGUUUUACGUCCCCUUCUGAGCAUGCCGUAGGCUCCUCUUUCUUCUUGUCCUGCCGCUGCUCCCUCACAUUUUGCGCAAUUAUGGACCCGAACCGUUCAGCAAAUGCACAUGCAACACACGACAACAUAUCGCUUCCUGUCAAUCGCCCACCACUACAGGGCGAGUGGACUCCGGGGCUUGACGCUAGAUCGCGCGUACAAGAGUCUUCGCACGUUCAGGUCAAGCCCGCGAACUAUGUACCUCCCGAGUACUUUCCUUCAGGAAAGCGUUCAUUAGCAGGCAUAGGGUUGCGUGCUUUCUUCUUAGGCAAUGCUGCAAUUGUGGGCUUCUCCUUCGCGGCACAGCUUGUGCACCACGGCAGUCACCUAUGGCGGCCCUUCCUCUUCCUCGGCACGCUCUCUGUGUUCCAUUUUCUCGAGUUCUACACAACUGCGGCUUACAACACACCGGACGCAAAGAUAAGCUCGUUCCUGCUUACCAACGGCGCCCACUACCGCAUCGCGCAUACCGUUGCCUUCGUCGAGACCAUCAUCACGUCAUGCUUAUUUCCCAGUUGGCAGUCGAAGGUCCAUCUGCCGAUGGUUAUACUUGCGGGCAUAAUUCUGGUGCUGGUGGGUCAAGUUGUGAGGAGUACUGCCAUGGCACAAGCGGGCACGAACUUCAAUCAUCAAGUCCAAUCAAAGAAAAACGAUGGCCAUGAGCUUGUCACUCGUGGCCUGUACGCCUACUUCCGCCACCCGUCGUACUUUGGGUUCUUCUGGUGGGGUAUUGGAACCCAAUUGAUGGUCGGCAAUACCGUCUGCACUCUGGGCUAUGCCUGCGUUCUGUGGUACUUCUUUAUGAAGAGAAUUACACACGAGGAGGGACACCUUAUUCAGUUCUUUGGCAAGGACUACGAGAAGUACCGAGCAAACACGCGAACGUGGAUACCGUUCAUAUGACACCAUAUAGGUUAAGGGGAGGGACUGUGUCUAUGCUCACUAAGGCUGAGCGGCUGUACGAAGAUGGACCUCCGGAGGGCCAUAUAGCCUCAGCCUGGCUUCGCACAAGUGAACCUCUGUUUGUCGAAAUGUAGGCUGUGUCAACACUCAACCGACGUGGGCCAUCGUUCUUCCUUCCCCGCUAGUUGCAAAUCACGGCCGAAGGUGACUCAUUCGACAGCUGUCACUGCCGGUCUGCUCGAUAGCACCUACCGAUAUUGCCUACUUUUCGUUGUUAAUUGGUUAGCCCAAUCUUAGUAGGACUACGCUGACAUCUGUGGAGCUUUUGCAAGCCCUUCAAGCGCCAUGAUACAGGUGGUCGUCCCCAAUACUAUCAGUGCGCUCCGUCUGUUAAUAAAGCAAGCGCCCACGACUAACAUGCCUGACCCUGAGACUCUAUACCUACCGAACUGCCUACAUCGC